AUGCCGUCCACCUCUUCCUACCUCAUAAAUUCGAACAUAAACCUCAACGGAAUGACGACCACAAUAACUACAGCCAGUAGCAGUAGCCCAAAGACGGAUUGUUGUGAUGCCUCAACAAAUCUUGAAACCCUGAGGCUAAUUCCUUUACUCGGCUCUGGCUCUCUUGGCGAAGACUAUUCGCCUGGAUAUAUGACAGGAUCCCUUAUUAAUUCCUACAGCAUUCCCGGUCAGACAGGCACACAGUGUAUAGCAUCUGCCGGCGCGGUUAGCAAUACCAUGGCAGCUGAUAGCAUCUCGAGCCAUACUGUGUCGUUGUGCCAAACAUUUCCUGCUACACUCUCGCUCAGACAGAUUACUCCCUCCUAUUUUGGCGGACCUGAGGCUUUUCUUACUGAAACCCCAAAAGAUGCUCAGAUGCCAGACGAUCCAAGAAAUGUGGAACUAUCGCCACUAAUUACUAACUUAGUUCAGCCAAGCCAGUCUAUCCAUCGCCCACUCUUUAUGUAUGUUGAUCAGCUGGUUAUGGUUAGGAGAGACUCACCGGCACUUGAUAUGCUUUCAUUGGAUGUAGAUCCUCAGAUAAUAGCCGUUGAAAGUGUUGCAAGAGAAGAUAAGGAGGUAAAGAGCGAUUUCGACAAAAUAUCUGCUUUUGAACCUGCUGAACUUAUCACCCAGAACACUUCCUUAAUGCUAGCUGCAUCACCUUGUUUAUCUUCCUCACCUGUGAAUCUCAUGAAUCUCGAAAUGAUGCAAAAUUCUUCCUUUAAAGAACAGAAUGUUGCCUGCCAAUCUACAGGAUUUGAUGCUUGCCUGGACGAUAAUUCUAAGUCUCGAUAUCAUAAACCCGGUGGACAAUGUGAAAAAGCCUGCCUUUCCGAAAAAUCGACCUCAAUCACAAUGUCAAGAAAGGUAUUCUUUAGCUUAUUAAUUUAUAAAUGA